GACUUGUCUUAGGAGUAUGCAAUUUUUAAGAAUUAUUUACUUGCAAGUUGCAACCAAACAUCCUCCAUUAUCAACUUUUUUAAAGAAUGCGGACAAUACAUGUAGUUCCGUCCCUAAUCUUAGUUGAUAUUUUUCAUAGAAAAAACAUUAACAAAAUACGGAGAAUGCCUUAUGCCUAUGAUCUUUCAUUGAAACAUGAUCAGAAUUCAGAACCCUGUCUUAGCAUCAUGUCUCAUCAAAAAAUCUGAAUCUGGAAUUUCAGACGUAAAAGUAGACGAUAUCUAUUACUGUGCUUGCACCACUCAAUCUAUCACUGGUUCAAGCAUGCUGCAACUCUUCCGGGCCGGAGUUGAAGUGGUCAAUACUUCAUGCUCGUAAGGUGUUUGUGGAAAUUUCCAAGUGAACAAAUGCACGGGUAAGCCUUCAAUGUCUGGAGGUAUAAUCUUCCCCCCUUCUUGGCUUCAUACUAGUAUUAUGCAUGAAAUAAUAUAGUAUACUUUAUUCAACUGCACGAAUUAACAAGAGUACAAGACUAUUCUGCAAUAAUGCUAUUGCCGAAUUCGUCCUUGUUGUUGAACUUACAGCUUGCUACAUAAGUAGUAUUGGAUUUCAUGUAUUGGCAUCCAUCUAACAGUCUUGACUUCAUCAAAUAGAAAGUGGGGGAUUUUUGUUUUAAUUUAUUUUUGUUGUUAGGGUUAAAUGUGCGCAUGAAAGGAACUUUGAGUCUUUGACUAUGGUUUUCAUGAUUUCAUUUUGAUGGCAAAGUAAUCAUUUGUUUCUCUUGUGGUUUAAGUUGACUAUUUAUUUUAAUUCAACUUGCUUUUGUGUGGGUCAAUUAUCUUAUGGAUAGAUAAUAAAGAACAAACAAUCCCGAAACCUCUGAUGCUCGUUUAUUUCAGAGCUUUCGAGCUUAGAUAACCAGGGAAUGGGGAUGAUAGGUUUACCCUAGUGCAGAAACUCUGAUGCUCGUUAUAUGUGACUGUUUGGAUUUUGAAUCAGUAUCAGUGUAGAAUGUUUCUAGGUUGAAUUGUUAUUAGUGUUAUGCUUCGCCACUAAGUCUUGUUUUUUUGAUGCUGGUUUAGCGUUUCUCAUCUACGAGCUGACCAGAAAAGAGUUAGAAUAACAAAUUAUUACAAGUUGUAUCAUGUAUGUGCUGCAAGUUGAUCAAGUUGUGGCAAUAGGCCAGUUUAUUCUACUGUUAUUUCAUCAGCAGAAUGUCAAUGCAUCGCGAGUAUUUCUAAUGUGCUCGCCACAGAAACAAAUGCUCGAAAUGUUCAAUUGAAUAUGGAAUGAACUCUAAGCAGUGCAGUAAUCAUCCUUAUAAACCUUUCUAUUUUUAGGGGCAAAAAAUCCUCUUAGACUGCCAUAAACCAUGGAAAAUUCUGAUAAACCUUCUGCUCCCUGUUAUCUUCUUGUAUUUCACCAGACUCUCACCUGCCUUCUGCUUCUAAUACAGAUUACCUCUGUAUCAGCAGCAACGUUAACAGAAGCACAAGCACUUCUCAGUUGGAAAGACUCCAUGUCUAAGUCUUCUAAUCUCACAUCAUGGAAUGUUUCCAAUCCAAACCCUUGCAACUGGACUGGCAUUUUUUGCAGCAACCUUACAUCCAUUACCCACGUUGACUUAUCCAAAAGAGGUCUUUCUGGCACACUCACCAGCUUCAAUUUCAGCGCAUUUCCCAAUCUCACAAGCUUCAUUCUUGACACCAACAAAUUUAAAGGUCAAAUACCACCGAGCAUUGGUAACCUCUCUCAACUCGUUAUGUUAAACCUUGCAAACAACAUGUUUGAUGGGAUUAUUCCUCCUGAAAUAGGUCAGUUGUCACAACUUGAGUAUCUUAUCCUGGCUAAUAACAGUAUAGGUGAUAAAAUUCCUGUCGACCUUAGUAAGUUGGGGAAGCUACAUUACCUACACUUAGGAGUAAAUAAGCUUACAAACCCUGACUGGUCUAUGUUUAAUACCAUGCCUUUGUUAAGAACCUUACAAUUGUCAUCGAAUGAGUUAAAUGGAGAGUUCCCAAGCUUCAUUUUGAGGUGCAAGAACUUGACGGAACUCAUGCUGUCAAAUAAUAAUUUCGGGGGAUUGAUACCAGAAUUGUUUUACAGCAGUCUCCCUAAGCUUAAGUACUUUUACCUUCGUAAUAAUUCAUUUACAGGAUCAGUAUCACCUAAGAUCUCCGAGCUCUCCAAUCUGACACACAUUAACCUGAGCAUUAACCAGCUCAAUGGUUCAAUUCCUGAAAGCAUCGGGUCCAUUUCUGGCCUCACACAUCUCCGCCUAAGCCAAAAUCUACUCACAGGGAGAAUUCCAUCGUCCAUAGGUCAGCUUAAGAGCCUUGAAAUCCUUGAUCUCUCUUCCAAUAGAUUACAUUCUACAAUUCCUUCUCAACUUGGGUCAUGUACAAACCUUACCCGUCUGUUUCUAAGUAAUAAUUCAUUUACAGGACCAAUAUCACCUAAGAUUUCCGAUCUCUCCAAUCUGACUCACAUUGACCUGAGCAUUAACCAGAUCAAUGGUUCAAUUCCUGAAAGCAUCGGGUUCUUUUCUAGCCUCGAACUUCUUCAUCUAAACCAAAAUCUACUCACAGGGAGAAUUCCACCGUCCAUGGGUCAGCUUAAAAACCUGAAAAUCCUUGCUCUCUAUUCCAAUAAAUUGAGUUCUACUAUUCCUUCCGAACUUGGGUCAUGUACAAACCUUACUGCUCUGCAUCUUUCUAGAAACUCACUUAGUGGGAAGAUACCAUUGUCCUUGACAAAUCUCAGAAAUCUAUCAAAAUUUGAGUUAUUUAGAAAUAAACUGUUUGGCGAGUUCUCCCCGUAUUUCUUGACCAACUGGACAAAGUUGACUUCCUUACAGAUUUAUGGUAAUAAUUUUAGUGGGAUAAUCCCUCCAGAAAUUGGCCAAUUGACAAAACUUGCUUAUCUUUAUCUUUACCAAAACAGUUUCAGUGGUUCCAUACCGUCAGAGAUAGGAAAUCUGAAAGUCUUGUUUGGGCUGGACCUCUCAACAAAUAAACUUUCAGGUCCAAUCCCUCCAACAAUUGGGAACCUAGGCAAUCUUUCUGUCCUCGCCCUUUUUAACAACCAACUUACAGGAACAAUCCCACCAGAAAUUGGAAAUCUCACCUCAUUAACUACUCUUUAUCUCAACAUCAAUCACCUGCAUGGGGAGUUGCCAGAUACCUUGUCUAACCUUCGGAAACUCAAAGACUUUUCUGUCUAUACUAACAGUUUGGUUGGGAAGAUCCCUCAGAAAUUUGGUGAAAAAUUUCCUUCUCUUACUUAUGUUAGCUUUUCAAACAACAGUUUUUCGGGGAAUCUUCCUCCUGGCUUAUGUAAUGGUUUCAAGCUGGAGUACUUGACAGCUAAUAAUAACAGUUUUACUGGGGGCCUUCCUGGUUGUUUGAGGAAUUGCUCAAGAUUAACUAGAGUCCGGUUGGAAGGAAAUCAGUUUAAUGGGAGUAUAUCUAAUGCAUUCGGCAUUCACCCUAACCUCUAUUAUCUCAGCAUGAGUGACAACCAGUUUGUUGGCGAGAUCUCCCCCAAGUGGGGAGAAUGUAAGAACCUGACAGACUUUCGGUUGGAUGGAAACAAAAUCUCUGGGGAAAUACCAACUGAGCUAGGGAAACUAUCACGGUUGGGUGUUCUAACUCUGGGCUCAAAUGAUUUAAGUGGGGAAAUUCCUGAUGAAAUCGGUAAUUUAAGCAAGUUGUACAACCUUAACUUGAGCAGUAAUCAGUUGAUGGGGCAUAUUCCACAAACCAUAGGCAAAUUGCAUUCUCUGCAGUAUCUUGAUUUAUCAGCAAAUAAUAUGUCUGGAGAAAUCCCUGUAGAGAUUGGAAAUUGUGUACGAUUGUUGAGCUUAAACCUGAGUCACAACAACUUGCACGGAAAUAUUCCAAAUGAGUUCGGCAACUUGGAUGAACUUCGGUACUUUUUGGAUCUGAGUAGAAAUUCUCUCUCAGGUCAAAUUCCUCAAAGCCUUGACAAGCUCAAAUCCUUGGAGAAAUUUGAUCUAUCUCAUAAUCAUCUCAUUGGGGGUAUCCCACACUCGUUAUCAAAAAUGUAUAGCCUUGAGUCCUUUGAUAUCUCCCACAACAAUUUAUCAGGUUCAGUUCCAAGGGACAAUUUUUUUCAAAAAGGAUUAUACGUGGGAAAUCCUGGCCUUUGCGGAAAUGCUACUGGACUAUCCUCUUGUGAUAAGCGUAAUACUCACAUAAAGGUUGUUAUUGCAGUUGUCAUACCAGUUGUUUGUCUUUUGUUGCUUGGGGUAGGUGUUGUUUAUUUACUGUGUUGCCGUAAGAAUAAAGAACGUGAUACAGAGAGCAAAGUUUUGGAGGUUAGUGACUCAGAGUCUUUGAUAUGGGAGACUGAUGAAAGAUUCACAUUUACAGAAAUUGAAAAGGCAACUGAUGGUUUCAAUGAGUUCUACUGUAUUGGGAAAGGAGGUUUUGGUAGUGUAUAUAAGGCAUCUUUGUCAUCAGGUCUUAUACUUGCUGUUAAGAAGCUCCAUGUGUUAGAAUCUAGCGACAUUUCAUCAACAAAUCGAAAGAGUUUCAUGAAUGAGAUAAAGGCAUUGACACAAAUCAGACAUCGGAAUAUCAUCAAACUAUACGGGUAUUGUUCCAAGGAACAAUCCAUGUACUUAGUCUAUGACUACAUUGAAAGGGGUAAUUUGAGGGAAGUGUUGUAUGGUGCACAAACCAAAAUGGAACUAGGUUGGGAAAGAAGAAUUAAUAUUGUGCGAGGGCUGGCUCAUGCAGUCGCUUACUUGCACCAUGAUUGUGCCCCUCCUAUUGUUCACCGCGAUAUAUCUUUAAACAAUAUCUUACUUGAUUAUGAAUUUGAGCCUCGGCUUUCGGAUUUUGGCACUGCAAAGCUUCUCAAGUCAGAUACAUCCAACUGGACAGCAGUUGUUGGAGCUUAUGGCUACAUGGCCCCUGAGCUGGCUCUGACAAUGAGAGCAACAGAAAAAUGUGAUGUUUAUAGCUAUGGAGUUGUGGCAUUGGAAGUUUUAUUGGGGAAGCAUCCAGGAGAAAUUUUGUAUUCUUUGUCAUCUUCAGCCAGUAGGCCGGAUAUGCUACUGAAAGACAUUUUGGACCAACAACUGUCACCACCCAAAGGGCAUGCAGCAGAGAAAGUAGUGAUUGCAGUCAGAUUAGCUCUAUUGUGCACAAGUUCAGAACCAGACUCACGACCCACUAUGCGUUAUGUUGCUCAAGAACUAUCGGCUCAAAAACAUGAUUACCUCUCCGAGCCUUUUGAAAAAUUAUCAUUCAGCAAGAUGAAUGGGUAUUCAGAGUGAUUGAAAGAAAUCGGCCUUUGGUCUUUGCUGAUGUAGUUCAACUAAACCAAAGCAUGGGCCAGUCAAGCUGAUUCUCCUAACUACAUUGAAGAAUUUCUUGUUGAUGAAUUAUUGACGUUAUUGUUUCAAUUUUUUUACUUUCUACUUCAUGAAUGUUAAUUGCAUUACUUUUAUAGUUUUAUGAAAUUGACCGAUGACUAUAUUUGUAAUGUUAGGAAGUAGAUGGUGCUCUUCUCAAGGGUUCAUAAACUAUGAAGUGAUUUAACUUGUCUACUGUGUGAAUUCAUCUGGUUUGCUAAGGUAACGACGAUACUUUGAUGUGA